GGCCUGGGGCGGCGGCCAACGGCGCUGCCCGAGUGGGCUCGCGUAGGAGAUUGGGCUCCGCAAUGCCAUGCGUUAGCGGACUGGGAUUGGGCUAUGAAUGGGUUGUGGAGGCUCCAGUGGAUGGGAUGUGGAGAGUGGUUUUCCUCACGACUCUCUCCUUUUCCCCCUCGGAAGGCUGGCCGAGCUGCCGAGCACCGGAUCGAUCUCGUCUAGAGGUCGUGUCCGUCCGAGAACUCGCUGGACACGAGGCGGUUUACUGGGUUACUGGGUUGCUGCUGAUCCUCCAGCCCGUCGUCCGCUUGUUCCUUGCCCGCCUCCUCGCUCGCCCGCCAGCCCGCCAUGGGUCAACGGCCGAGUGGUCUCAUUAUGCCAUUGCUCUCACACUCGCUGGCUCACAGACCUCCCGCUCCCCAGACCAUGCAGCUUCCGCAAAGAGUCCUUUUUGCCGGCCUUGUUCUGCGAGAUUGGGACGCGGGUAAUGGCUACGGUUAGUGGUCCCGAUGCUCUCGGACUCAUGCCUCGCUCGCUGCACUGUUGCUUCUGCGAGAUUUGCUCCCGGACGUUCGUCCCCGAAUCUCUCCUUUGCCUCUCCUGCGCAUGGCCGUCCUUCGGUUGGACGAACAGAAGGCCCUCUCCCCCUGUUACCUCGUGUCUGGCUUCGGCUUUUAAUUUACUAUGCAGCACUGUACCUCCGUACCAUGAAUCGGCCAUUACCACCUCGCCUUCUCCGUUGCCUUCCUUGUGGCUUCUAUUUUUUCCUCUGACUCGCCUCGCCUCGCCUCGUUUCGCCUCCUCCGUGCCAAAUUUGCCACGAACCAUGCCCUCCUCGCCACCGCAUCCUUUUUCGCUCCACCGCCAGCAUCCUUCGCCCCAAAACAGCCAACACCCGCCCAGAUGCGAACUGGUGAGACCCGGACCUGCUGCAGGUGCAAGGGGCCCUCCCCCCAAGCUCAUUUGGUGGCUUUCGUCCCAUUGUAAUUGUACGACCGGAGCAGCCUCUGUGACUAAUCCUGAACGCCCGGCGCUUGUCCGCCUCGAACCAAUUCCACACCUACCAAAUCGGGAUCUGUGCCAGCGUCGUUGGCAUCUGCACGAUCCUCGCUGGUGCGCUUCCAGUAGAUUACCGCCACUAAAUAAAGAUGUUUUUUAAUUUAAUAGACUUAUCGGCGGGAAAGGACUUUUUACGAGCGCUGUCGGGAGUAGUUCAUUUCCGCUUCAAUUGCUCCUAUCUAUGCACAGAUAACUCCGUCGAUACCAGGCCGACCUGCCGGAAUUGGCUCGAGCUACCCUGUAG